AUGGUUUCGUUUCGCUUCCCUUUCUCGUUUUCUCAGCCCUCACUCCCCAAACCUCCGCUUGCCACGUCAUCCUCCAGUUUCUCCGUUUCCGCCGUCGCAGUCACCGUCACCGUAGGCGCAGCAGCAGCCGGAGCUGCGAUCGCGGCGUCGCGGAACCCGAGACAUCCGAUCCUGGACUGGGUCUUCUCCGGUCAGCGUUCGUCUCUGUCACCAUGGGGAUCUAUAACUCUAGCCGAAUCUAGCUCCGAAUCCGUUGCUGAACGUAAGACCGGUUUCUCGUUUCCCGCUACGAUCGGAGAUUCCCGGCGAUUACUCGGCGUCGGUCUGAGGAAGAAGAGCUUACUGGGAUUGAAGAACAUCGAUGUAUACGCAUUCGGCAUGUAUGCUGAUUGUGACGAUGUGAAGAAACUCGUGGGCGAGAAAUAUGGAAAUAUUCCAGCUUCGGAGCUCAGGGGAAACAAGGCAUUCGUGGACGAUCUCAUGGAAGCCGAUAUAAAGAUGACCAUAAGGCUGCAGAUUGUCUACGGCAAACUCAACAUCCGAUCCGUUCGCAAUGCUUUCCAAGAAUCUGUCGGAAACAGACUCAAGAAGUUUGGUGGCUUAGACAACGAUGAUUUGCUUCAGAGCUUCACUGCCCUCUUCAAGGAUGAGUAUAAAAUUCCAAGAAGCUCCAUCAUUGAUUUGACAAAAGAAGCAGGACAUGUACUCAGCGUUGCAAUUGAGGGAAACCAUGUCGGCAGUGUGAAGAGCCAACUCUUGUGUAGGUCAAUCUUAGACUUGUACAUUGGUGAAGAGCCCUUUGAUAGGAAUGCAAGAGAAAAUUUUCUAGACAAUGUGGCUUCUCUAGCGCUAGACAAGUAA